GUUCUCUAAUGAUCUUGCUUCACCAUGGCUACAAAUAUGGAGGGGCUGGUUCAGCACAGAGUGGGGACCCAGCAGGUGGCUGAGAGAUGGUUGUGAGCCACCAUGUGGUUGCUGGGAAUUGAACUCAGGACCUCUGGAAGAACAGCUAGUACUCUCAACCGCUGAGCCAUCUCUCCAGCCCCCUGAGCAAGGAUUUUUAUCAGGAAAGUCCAUGCAUGUUUCCUUGUGAAGACUCAUUCCUGGAGGUACCCAGGUGACCACUCAGCACGUUGAUCCUCACCUUUGGUACCACGUACACAGACCUCUCGGCCGGAAUCUCCAGGGAUGACCAGCCCCUCCCCGCGCAUCCAGAUAAUUUCCACCGACUCUGCGGUAGCCUCACCUCAGCGCAUUCAGAUUGUAACAGACCAGCAGACAGGACAGAAGAUCCAGAUAGUCACCGCAGUGGACGCCUCUGGGUCUUCCAAACAGCAGUUCAUCCUGACCAGCCCAGAUGGAGCUGGAACUGGGAAGGUGAUCCUGGCGUCUCCAGAGACAUCCAGUGCCAAACAGCUCAUAUUCACCACCUCGGACAACCUUGUCCCUGGCAGGAUCCAGAUCGUCACGGAUUCUGCUUCUGUGGAGCGUUUGCUGGGGAAGGCAGACGUCCAGCGGCCCCAGGUGGUGGAGUACUGUGUGGUCUGUGGUGACAAAGCCUCUGGCCGUCACUAUGGGGCUGUCAGUUGUGAAGGUUGCAAAGGUUUCUUCAAAAGGAGCGUGAGGAAGAAUCUGACCUACAGCUGCCGGAGCAGCCAAGACUGCAUCAUCAACAAGCAUCACCGAAACCGCUGCCAGUUCUGCAGGCUGAAAAAGUGCCUGGAGAUGGGCAUGAAAAUGGAAUCUGUACAAAGUGAACGGAAGCCCUUUGAUGUGCAACGGGAGAAACCAAGCAAUUGUGCUGCUUCGACUGAGAAGAUCUAUAUCCGGAAAGACCUGAGAAGUCCUCUGAUAGCCACUCCCACAUUUGUGGCAGACAAGGAUGGAGCAAGACAAACAGGUCUUCUUGAUCCAGGGAUGCUUGUGAACAUCCAGCAGCCUUUGAUUCGUGAAGAUGGUACGGUUCUCCUGGCCACGGAUUCCAAGGCUGAAACAAGUCAAGGAGCUCUGGGUACACUGGCAAAUGUAGUGACCUCUCUGGCCAAUCUGAGUGAAUCUUUGAACAAUGGUGACACUUCAGAAAUGCAGCCAGAGGACCAAUCUGCAAGUGAGAUUACUCGGGCAUUCGACACCUUAGCUAAAGCACUUAAUACCACAGAUAGUGCUUCACCUCCCAGCCUGGCAGAUAGCAUGGAUGCUAGUGGAGGAGGGAGCAUCCAUGUCAUCAGCAGAGACCAGUCAACACCCAUCAUUGAAGUUGAAGGCCCCCUCCUUUCAGAUACACACGUCACAUUUAAGCUUACGAUGCCCAGCCCUAUGCCAGAGUACCUCAAUGUGCAUUACAUCUGCGAGUCUGCAUCCCGCCUGCUUUUCCUCUCCAUGCACUGGGCAAGGUCAAUCCCAGCCUUCCAGGCACUUGGACAGGACUGCAAUACCAGCCUGGUACGGGCCUGCUGGAAUGAGCUCUUCACUCUUGGCCUGGCCCAGUGCGCCCAGGUCAUGAGUCUCUCCACCAUCCUGGCAGCCAUUGUUAACCAUCUGCAGAACAGCAUCCAGGAAGAUAAGCUUUCUGGUGACCGGAUAAAGCAAGUCAUGGAGCACAUCUGGAAGCUGCAGGAGUUCUGUAACAGCAUGGCGAAACUGGAUAUAGACGGCUAUGAGUACGCAUACCUUAAAGCUAUAGUUCUCUUUAGCCCCGAUCAUCCAGGUUUGACAGGCACAAACCAGAUUGAGAAAUUUCAGGAGAAGGCACAGAUGGAGCUACAGGACUAUGUGCAGAAAACCUACUCAGAAGACACAUACAGAUUGGCCAGGAUCCUUGUCCGCCUGCCAGCACUCAGGCUCAUGAGCUCCAACAUAACAGAGGAACUUUUUUUUACUGGUCUCAUUGGCAAUGUUUCAAUAGACAGCAUAAUUCCCUACAUCCUCAAGAUGGAGACAGCAGAAUAUAAUGGCCAGAUCACCGGAGCCAGUCUAUAGUGCACAGCUGGCAGCUGCCAACAGUGGGAUGCCUCCUAGGACUGUGUAGGUGCAAGGGAAGGGAAAUAGCAGUGUCUUGGUGUGUGCAGGUGUCUCCGGUGUGUUAACCACUUCCUCCUGUUCAUCCCAGACAAUAACAACUAAAGACAGUAGAACGCUUCCCUGCCCUAGGAAAUGUUUUAAUGCCUUUUGGUGAAGCAGAUUUUGGAACAAUCUUUUAAUUCAAUUUGUAUUUAGAAUUUCUCAAAGGGCAAAAAACAAUGCUGAAGUUUUAUAAUAUCAGAGACUAGUAUUAAAAGAACCUAAGAACAGUAUGUAAAUACAUUUAAAAAGAAAAAAAAAAAAAAAAAAGAAUGGCUCCCAUAGGCUCAUGUAUCUGAAUUCUUA